AGUCAAAGGGCUUCCACUCCGUGCGAUUGGAAAUGCUCAAUUCACCUAUGAUGGAGCUCCGGAAAGCCGCGGACGCUUUACUGCGCUCCCAAGCGUCUCCGUUGGCGCAGAUUCUCGCACCCUCGACAUCGACAAGAUGGGCGACGUCUUCCAUGAGACUCUCACAGCGGGCCUUCUCAUCCUCUACUAGACGAUACAUCGCAGACUCGAACCAAACAAACCCAACCUUAGCGCCUACCAAUGCCAACCGUGGCACCCAGAACUCUCCUGACUCCCAGGCCAGCUCCCAGGGCUGGGCCGCCGGUGGACGCAGCAACCGCUCCUCUUCGCGCAUCCUCCCCUCGAAAUCGUCCGAAAGCGCCGACGCCGAUGCAUGGGAUAGCGGUAUUAGCAGCAACAGCGCUGCUCAGGAUCUCCUGACAGGCUUCAACGCUGGCCGCAAAGAGCGCGGAGCCAACUCCCCACUCAACAACAGGAAGUCGAUAAACCUGGACCGCAUGCUGUCCCCUAACGUUAGCGACAGCGAUCUUAAGGAUGUGAUUAGCAACCUGACUGCGUCCGUCACCGCUCCUGUGCCACCGAAGCCCGCGUUGCGGCUGAAUGCGAGGACCGGCAGGUCGGUUGUUGUGGCUGGAGGUGUUGAUAUUGGACGGAGCUUUAAUUUGUUGGGGAUGAGCUGUUCUAGGAAUAGGGUCAGGCAGGACUUCAACCGCCAGAGGUUCCACGAGAGAGGCGGCCUGAAGAGGAAGAGACUAAAGAGAGAGAGGUGGCAGAAGAGGUUCAUGGCUGGGUUCAGGGCAACUGUUUCGAGAGUUAAGGAGAUGAAGAGGCAGGGCUGGUAGAUCCUGUAUUUGUAUAUUAUGGAACAUGUAUUGUAAGUGUGAUUUUAUGGUUGGCCUACGACAAGGAGUGUCUUGAUGUGAAGUUUAAAUAUCGAUAAGUUUUGUAUGGUCAUCUCGGCCUUGUAUAACUACACACUGUCUUACACCUUCCUACUA